UAAUGCUAAAUAUUAUUACCAUAUCUUUGAACAGUACAAAAUAAUUAUGCAAAACGCUGUUGCUUUAUCCUUUGAAAAUGGCAAUGCCGAAAUCUAAACUUUGAAUUUUGCAACGACUUCAUAUAACAGUAUACUAUCUCGUUGGAAUUUUGAAUAUGUCGGCUGAUAUUCAUAUCAUAUCUGUAUUUAUACCUAUCGAAAUCAUACAUUCAUCAUCUGUUGCAUAUUUAUUUGGUCACUGCAAUGUUACAAACAAAAGUACAAUGGUUAAUUGUACUAUUGCAUUGGAGGACGAAGAUAUUUAUAAAAAUGCUACAGAAAAAUUAAAUAUGAUGAAUGCAAUCGCUGAUAGUUACUCCGACAAUGUUUCCUUUCUUGGAGUGUUUUACAGUUCACUUAAAAUCAAGAAAAUUAAGACAGACUUUCUAGAAAACCGCGAAGGCAGUUUACAGUUUAUUUUGCGUGCUAACGAAAGUUACAAUACAUUUUAUUUUGAGCACGUUUGUAUAAAAUCGUUAUAUACUAAUAUUUCUUGCAAAGUAAUUUUGUAUUCCAGUCAUGAACUUAUGGAAUCCAAGCUAAUAUCGUAUAGUAACGUAAGAUCCCCUAAUGUAAUUACCGAAGGUGAAGACUUUAUUUCUUUUCUCAUUAAAAGUUGCAAAAGUACAAUGAAUAAUGUGGAAAAUCGAUUAUUAGAAAAGAAAUUCAGUAAUGUAACAUGUAUUAGUGUGAAAAAUAAGCAGUCUGUAUCAGUUAUUUCUAGCUUAGUGAUGUUAACAAUUUUAGGUGCUGCAAAUAUAUGUAAAUUUUUCUCCUUUCUAUGUAGAUGGUGGCCUGAAAAAUUUGCAAAAAUUGUUUUAAUGACUGAUGUAGGACGUCAACUUCACCAACGAUUUCUCCAUGGAGUUGCUAUUGUCACAGAUUUGAGAUCAAAGAAUCCGUUUAGUUUAAAGUGCAGUAAUUUAUUAUAUGCCAUUUUGUUUGACAUUAUAUGUGGAUGGAUAAUAACGUAUAUGUUCCUGAGUUCAGAUAUGCCUAUGAUGCUGCUAGAUAUAGUUAUUAAAAGGACAGAUAAUGUCGUUACAGGUUUGCACCAGCUCAUAAACUGGUUGAUGGGUUUUCCUGGAGGUCUAAAAUUAAAUAUUCCUUUGAACAGUGCUUUAGGACAUUUUUUCCUGUAUCAUAUAUACUUAUGGGAAACUUAUAUGGUGGUAGUACAGCCUGUGUUUAUGUUUGUUUUGAAGAUAUCAACUGUGAUUGGUGUCCUUGGGUUGACUUUCGUUCUCAGCGUAUUCAGUGAUAUUAUUUCGUUAGCAACAAUACAUAUUUAUUGUUUUUAUGGUUAUGCUGCAAGGUUGUAUGCUUACCAAAUGGUAACUCUCUCUGCCUUAUGGAGAUUAUUUCGUGGCAAAAAAUGGAACCCUUUGCGCCAAAGAGUGGAUUCUUAUACAUAUGAUGUUCAUCAGUUAUACCUCGGAACCCUGAUUUUUACAGUUUUGUUGUUCUUACUGCCCACAGUGAUGGUUUAUUACUUCGUUUUUACAAGUUUGAGGAUUUUAGUUUUAGUUAUUCAAGGAAUUAUGUCACGAAUAAUCAAUGCAAUCACUAUUUUCCCUUUUUACUCCAUUAUUUUGAGAAUGCUUCAUUCUUCCAUAGUUACAGGAGAUGUCUUCUUCACUGUUAAUAAUACUAAAGGAGCUUUGGUGUUGAAUAUGCAGACUGUGCAGAUUCCUCUGAUGGCUGUGAUAAACCUGACUUUACCUAAGAUCAAUGAGUAUAAAGAGACACUGACCUGGAAAGACAUUUGCUCUUCAAUUGUUUGGGGCAAAUUAAUUUACCCACUUUAAAAUACCAUAAGAAUGAUGUAUCUAAUUUAUGAAUGCUUCUAAGAUCAGUAUAUUUCAUAUGUGUGCAAAAAAUUCACAAGAAAUUAAUUUUCUUAUGAGCAUAUAUUAUUAAAGAUUAAAAAGCAUAAAUUAGCGUA